GACAGGAAAAAGAAAGAAGUCGCAUAUCUAAAGGGUCGGCCAUAACUCAAAAGUAACAUCCCCGCUUUUGAUACCUCCCUUCGGUACUGGUUUUCCAUUAUAUUUAGUAAUACUCAUCAUUUGCGAAAGCAAUCCUUUAUUUACAGAGAAGUGUUUGGCAGAGAUUGAUAAGUCAUCAUGGGAUCCUCCAAGAUAAGCUUGAAACUUUUGAUCGACACCAAUAACAACAAACUUCUGUUCGCCGAAGCCGGGAAAAACUUCGUAGAUUUCCUUCUUCAUAUCCUCUCCUUGCCAUUGGGUACUGCUACAAGGCUUCUCCGCGAGCAAGAGACCAUUGGUUCCCUGGAAAAUCUGUACCAUAGCAUCGAAAAUCUUGAUGAAGCCUACAUCCAGCCAAACCAAAACAAAGACAUCUUGCUACGUCCAAAACCACCUGCCGGCGCUCUGGUCACUCUCUGGGCGCUCGAGGAUUCGCCGAAACCGGAGACAGCACAGGGCAAAGCAUUUUAUAGGUGCGGCAAUUCUAGUUAUAGUUGUACCAGGCAUGUGACCGAUGACCCUCGAGCUGUUUGCCCCAAUUGCGGGUCCACCAUGGAUUCGGGCGUGAACUAUGUCGUUCCCCCACAAACUUCGGACAGUAAAGAAGGCGGAUUUGUGAAGGGGGCGACGACUUACAUGAUCACGGACGACUUGGAGGUGAAGCCCAUGUCUGCCAUUUCCAGCAUUGCUCUGCUUAACGAGCUUAAUGUCAAGAAUCUAAGCGCCCUCAAAGAAAAGGAAGUGGAUCUUAGCAUGAAUGAGGCCUUGAAGCUGCUUAAGGAAUCUUUGGAGUCUAAGACGGUGCUUACCAGUGUCUUCUUGGAUGUCAAAUCUGAAAUUCCAUGAGAACUGUUUAGUGUUUCACUUUUGGAUAACAAUUUUAUGUUGGAAUCGGUGACUAUUUUGAUCCUUUUUUGCUUAAUUAAGGUACCAAUUCUAAAUGAUUACUUCCA